AUGGCCACCAUCCAGUCGGAGACGGACUGCUACGACAUCAUCGAGGUGCUGGGCAAGGGCACCUUCGGGGAGGUGGCAAAGGGCUGGCGGCGCAGCACGGGCGAGAUGGUGGCCAUCAAGGUCCUGAAGAACGACGCCUACCGCAGCCGCAUCAUCAAGAACGAGCUGAAGCUGCUGCACUGCAUGCGGGGCCUGGACCCCGAGGAGGCACACGUCAUCCGCUUCCUGGAGUUCUUCCAUGACGCCCUCAAGUUCUACCUGGUUUUCGAGCUGCUGGAGCAAAAUCUUUUCGAAUUCCAGAAGGAGAACAACUUCGCACCCCUCCCCGCCCGCCACAUCCGCACCGUCACGCUGCAGGUGCUCAGGGCGCUGGCCCGCCUCAAGGAGCUGGCCAUCAUCCACGCCGACCUCAAGCCCGAGAACAUCAUGCUGGUGGACCAGGCCCGCUGCCCCUUCAGGGUCAAGGUUAUUGACUUUGGCUCGGCUAGCAUUUUCAGCGAGGUGCGCUACGUGAAGGAGCCGUACAUCCAGUCGCGCUUCUACAGGGCUCCCGAGAUUCUGCUGGGGCUGCCCUUCUGCGAGAAGGUGGAUGUGUGGUCACUGGGCUGUGUCAUGGCCGAACUGCACCUGGGCUGGCCGCUCUAUCCAGGCAACAAUGAGUACGACCAGGUGCGCUACAUCUGUGAGACCCAGGGCUUGCCCAAGCCCCACCUGCUGCACGCCGCCCGCAAGGCCCACCACUUCUUCAAGCGUAACCCCCACCCUGAGGCCACCAACCCCUGGCAGCUCAAGUCCUCAGCUGACUACCUGGCUGAGACCAAGGUGCACCCACUGGAGCGCCGCAAGUACAUGCUCAAGUCACUGGACCAGAUUGAGACGGUGAAUGGCGGUGGGGCAGCUGGGCGGCUGACCUUCCCGGACCGGGAGGCCCUGGCUGAGCAUGCUGACCUCAAGAGCAUGGUGGAGUUGAUCAAGCGCAUGCUGACCUGGGAGUCGCAUGAACGCAUCAGCCCCAGCGCCGCCCUACGCCACCCCUUUGUGUCCAUGCAGCAACUGCGCAGCGCCCACGAGACCACCCGCUACUACCAGCUGUCUCUGCGCAGCUGCCGCCUCUCCCUGCAGGUGGAGGGCAAGCCCCCCACACCCAUGGUGGCCACUUCAGAAGAUGGGCCCCCCUACUACCGUCUGGUCGAGGAAGAGGAGGCCAUGGGCCUGGCCAGCGUGGCGGGCAGUGGGCCUUUCUGCCGUGAGGAGAAGGCACCGGGCAUGCAGAAGGCCAUUGACCAGCUGGACGACCUGAGUCUGCAGGAGGCGGGCUGUGGGCUAUGGGAUGAGAACCCCAACAUGCUGGCCCCACUCAAGGCAGCCGUCGCUGGCCUCCAGGUGCCCGACUCGGGCCCUGAGCCCAUCCUGGCCUUCUAUGGCAGCCGCCUGGCUGGCCGCCACAAGGCCCGGAAGCCAACUGCAGGGUCCAAGUCUGACUCCCACUUCAGCAACCUCAUCAGGCUGAGCCAGGCCUCGCCCGAGGACGACGGGCCCUGCCGGGGCAGUGGCUGCGGCUGGGCAGAAGGAGAGCACCGCGGCGCCUCUGCCAAGCCUCCCACCAUCCCACAGCGGGAUGGGGAUGGGCCAGACAUCAAGGACAUGACCAUGGAUGCUGAGAAGCCUGGCCCCGAGCUCUUCGACCCCAGCAGCUGUUCUGGGGAAUGGCUGAGUGAGCCAGACUGGGCCCUGGAGGGCAUCAGGGGCCCACGGGCUCCGGGUCUCCGCUCCCGCCAUGCCCACCCACAUGGUCCGCUCCGGGCGGCCAGCUUUCUGCAGCAUGUUGGCGGGCAGCAUUGAUGGCGACCCCACCUCUACCCAUCACUGGUGGCUGAGCUAGCUGGGCUGGCAUUCCCUCCUCAGAGCCACACCCUGAACCCAGAUUUCUUACAGAAAGAUAGUUAUCCAGCAAUCCCCAUCCCUGCCCACAGUGCAAGCCUGCACAUGCACCCGGGCCACAGGAGGGCCUUGGCUUCUGGUCUGUGGCCACCUUGGUCAGAGGGACACAGAGAGGUGGCUGCACCCUGUUGGCCACAUUUUUGGCUCUGUUGUCUCUGCCUGUUUCAAUAAAGAACUGUUCACAGCCCUGCCUGGUGCCUGUCCUCCCUGCCUGAGGGGAGGCCUGCUCUGGGCCGGGCGGGGCUCAAGCCGGUGCCCAGACCCUGCUCCCUGAUGCUGCACGCAGUCGGCCACUGGCUCAGGCUGGUGGCUGGGCUGCCCCGGUGCUGGGAGGGAGGAACAGGCUUAGUUUGGCACACUGACCACCCCCUAAAUAUGCUAAGUGCUCGGUGCAUGACAGCCCACCCUCAGACAUUCUGUGUCCAGGAGGUACCAAUCUAAGCUUGCCAGAUGUCAAGGUCUCAUUGUUUGCCUGUUCUCAUCGCACACUGCAGACUUGCCUUAAGCUCAUCCAUGCUUGGGACAUGCUAAAUGUAAAUGCACUUGGCAGGAGCAAAUUCCUGCUUGGGGCACACCCCAGUGUUCAGACAUGAGUCCACCCUUGGGAUAUGGCAAUGUUUGAGUGUGUGCUCAUCCAUUGGAGCUGAGCGUGCUUGAGCGUGCUGCACACACGACCCCAUGCUGGCUACAGGAGGCACAACACAGGCCAGCCACGUGGCCACGCACUGCAUGCUCAGCACAUGCCAGCUCAUGUACACUGCACUCUGAGGGCUCAGGAUAUGCCAUCCCAUACCAGCUACACAUGCCAGCUGGUGUAGUUACAUGCUAAGGGCUCAGCACAUGCUAAACCAGUGGGCCACAUGCUGCAUGCUCAUCAGCCAUAGGUCACCUCCUGAGGGCUCAGUAUAUGCCAGUCACAUGUUAUAUGCUUGGCACACACCAAACACAUGCUAAGAGAUCUAUGUACACACUCAUGUCUCCAUUGGAGCCCCAUGCUGGCUGUCCCCAACUCCGACACCCCACCUCACACCACUCAGUCAGGCAGAGGCUGUACAGACAAGUCAUUUACUUCUUGUUAUAACCUUGGGCCCUCUUUGCCCUGGGAAGGGGGUGGGCCAGGGGGUCAGGCCCAGCAUGCACCCCCACUUCUUCUGGGGCUGAUUCCUUCCGAGCUCGGCUGGGACCUGGGGCCACAGCAUCAGGCUGGCAGGGGCAGAGGUAGAGGUGGGACAGCAAGGGGGCCCGUGGAGCCA